CGCUUUUGCGACGCGACACGGGCGCACUAUGCAAGCCUGAGUCGUGAUUCGUGCAGCAUUGCACUAGGCGCACGCGGUCGCAGCGAUAAACCGAUGCAUAAAACCGCAGACUAGCUGAUGUCGGCCCACCAGCUCCACCGGUCCCUCGCACGGCUCAACCUGCGCUGCUUUAAUGUAAGGCCACAACGCGUGCAGAUCUUGCGAACGCCGACGGCCUUUUACGAGUCACUCAUCGAGCGCUGCGACCACGCGACGACUCGCGUGACGCUCAGCGCCUUAUACUGGGGCACGGGCCCGCUAGCUUUGAACCUAGCGGAGGCCGUGGCGCGCGCGGCGAGCCGCGGCGUCGCCGUCAACGUGACCCUGGACGCGGCGCGGGCCGGGCGGCGUGAUAAAGACGGGCGGACGUCCGUCGACGCGCUGGCCGCCGUUGAAGAAGCCGGCGGUGACAUACACCUCGUCGACGCGUCGGGGCGCUCGGGCUUGAUCGGCGAGAUCCUGGGCGUCUACCACGCCAAGGCCUGCGUCUUCGACGACGCGGCGCUGCUCACGGGCGCGAACCUCAGCGAGGAGUACUUCCGCUCGCGCCAGGACCGCUACGUCGUCGUGCGCGAUAGUAAAGUUGCGGACUGGUACGACCGCGCCGUGCGCGCGGCCGCGGCGGCGCCGGACGCGGGAGAACGGGCGCGGGCGCUCCGCGAACUCUGCACGGGGCCCGCGCCGGCGCCGCCGCCGCGGCGCCGCCGCUUCCACCGGUCGCGGCGGCGGCCCGCGGCGACGCUCUUCCCGACGGCGCAAGUGCGCGACCUCUUGGAUCUCGACGCGCGGGCGCUGUCCGCCGUGCUGGCCGCGAGUCCGCGCUGCGGCCUCUCCACGGCCUACGCGAACCCGCCGCCCGCCGUCGUCGAAGCGCUCGGGCGGGCGGCCGCGACGGUCGUCGUGCCCUCCCCCGACACGCACGGCUUCGCCGGCGCGACGGGCGCCAAGGCUUUCCUGCCGCUCGCGCACGCGCGCUUCGCCUGGGACCUCGCGACGAAGCUCAAGGGGUCGGGCGACGUGCGCGCGUGGGCCGCGCCGCGCGAGACCUACCACGCCAAGGGCUGCUGGGCGUUUUCGGCGGGCGACGAGCGGCGCGUCGGCGCGACGGUCGUCGGGUCCUCGAACUGGAACGUGCGGUCGCAUCGGCGCGACGUCGAGCUCGGCGCAGCGUUGGUCGUGCGCGACGGCGCGUUGCGGCGCCGCCUCGGCGACGAGUGGCGCCGGUUGCGGUCGCGUGCCCGCGAUCCCGUGGCGGCGCCGCCGGCCUGGACGGCGUUGUUGCGUUUUUUUUUGCGGCCCUUUGCCUAG